AUGGAGAAUAUUGUCCCAUUCAUCGAUACAACAAGAGAAGUGUCGAUUGAUACGAAUACUGCUGUUUUUCAUGUCUUGCACUAUAUUGCUAUAUUCGAGGCGGCGAUCAAUCUCUUCGGUUUCUAUGUGAUCGCUUUCCACACACCACAAAGUAUGAGAAAUUAUGGACGAGCGUUGAGUGCUUAUCAGAUAGUCUCCUUGAUUGCUGAUGGUUUGAUUGGGUCAGCUCUUGCGCCAUAUUUGAUCUUCCCGGUUCCCGGUGGUCUACCAAUGGAUCUUUGGCUUUGUCUCAGUGGGUCAUAUGGUAACGCUCAUGGUUACAAUGUUCAUUGUUCGACAUCAAACGAUUUUGCCGCAAGAACAUGCGCUCAAAUUGAGACCCGGAGAUUUCCAAUCCUUCGCCAAUUCCUUUUAAUCGAUCGCUUCUAUGCGUUUUCCUUGGAAAAUGGGAUGAAUGUUUGCAUAAAUGUCACGAUUUGGGUGUUUAUCGUUGUGAUUAUCAUCAGUGUUGUCGUUCUUUCAUGUUUUCAUGUGCUCGAAUCGCGCAAGAAUAAAAUAAGCCCAAAAACAUUUCGCUUGCAAAGGAAAUGGAUACACAAAUGUAUUCUACAGGUCUCAAUCCCGAUGAUCACUUUACUCUUCCCCGUACUUGCUUCAAUCUACAUCUUUGUAUCACAGAACUUGGCAUUAGUUGGUAUCUUUGCUCCGAGAACUUUUGCGAUGGGAGAAGCGACUACUGUUGUUCCCGGCGGAAGUGAUCGACGCUUUAGUUUAGCCGCUCGAAUGGCGAAAACCUCAUUUACUCGCACAUCUGUCGUUCAAAGCACUUUU